AUGAUUAUCAGGAACAGCGUCCAAUCAAAAGAGCUCGACACACAUAGAGCCGCUCAUUCUAAGGAGACUGAAACAGACAGGAUCCCCAAACCUACGGGCCAGCAUCCAGAAGAACCGUCAAGCAAGAGGGCAAAGCAAGCCACGGACGCGAAGGAUGAUGAUGGCGACAUGUCGGACGAGAACUCUUUGUCUGACGAAUCUUCAUUUGAAGAAGUUUUGGCCUCCAAGGCCACUGCGCCGAAGCAGGUGGUGCCCGUUAACCGUGAGAACAAGAGCCAGCUGGCUGCUAUGAAGCCAGCAGCCAAGCACGCACAAGGAGGACAAGUCGUGCAGAAGGGGCAGGGAGGGCAGAGUGUGCGGGGAGGACAGGGAGGGCAGGGAAAAGCAACGCCAAGUUCUUUUCGGAAGGUGAACUUGAGCCGGCAGGCCAUCUUGGACGAGCUGAACCUUCUUGGAAAGCGGAUACUGGACAUUGAAUCUCUUCGGAUUAUUGUUGACAAGUAUGGUUGCUCGAAGGAACAAGUCCUCACAAAGAUGCAAAUUAGCCGCCUGAGCGAAAUGUGGGACGAGUAG